CUCUUCCCAGCGUCGGAGAAAGGACGUGAUAUUUCCGGGACUUAAAACCCGCAUAACUCAACAUACCUAAACCAGAGAAGAUGAAUAAUCACUGUAAAAACUUUGUUGGAUUACAUUAUUUUUCGCCAUGAUGACGCAGCACUGCUGGUGUUCCUCCGCCAUCCGGCUGAGGGAAACACCUGAGGAGCAGCACGUGCCCAGAGUCAGCUGCUUUGAUCGGAGGAUCCGAGCUGUUUUUGGUCCUCUGGUCAGGAGUAACGUGCACGUUAAAGAUAAGAAGGGGGCCGCCAUCCCAGUGCCUGAGUCUGAGGGCUCAUGUGGGGUGAGACUGGGCCGAGAGAGGAACCAGAGCCUGGCCUUCUACAGCAGAUAUGACAGCUGCUAUGCACAGAUUGAGGGCAACAGAGUCAUCGUCCCUCUGAACGUUCAGCUAACAGGAGAGGACGGGUGGUUCAAUGCAACCAUCAGCUGUCCUCUGAUAAAGAGACACAGCGAGAGGUCCAAACGCAUCCCAGAGUCUUUCCCUGGAGACUGUGCCACAGAACGAGCUCUCAGAGUGGACUGUGGUUACCAAAGCAUCUCUAGAGAGGCCUGCAUCAAACAGGGAUGCUGCUACGACGCUAAAGAUGUAACCUGCUACUACAGACUCAAUGCCUGCUCUGUGGACGGACACUUUGUCUUCUCCGUGACGGCCUCAGACACAAAGAAGACCUUUGACCCCAGCCGCCUCAUAGUGAAGGACCAGCCUCAGUGUUACCCUGUGAUCACCACACCAGAUACAGCUGUCUUCAAGAUCAGACUCACGGAGUGUGGGGCAAAGUUAAGGGUGGAAGCAGAUGUGACAAUCUAUGAGGUGGAAGUGGAAGAGCUGCACACGAAAAGUACAAUCAAUCAUUCUCCAUUUAGUCUCCAGGUGCAGUGCGAGUACGACGCCUCAGAUCUGAAGCGUGCAGAUGGGUUUCGCUCCUUGUUUCCGGUGACCAACCCCCCCACUGUGGUCGGACUGGGAACCAUCGGAGUGCAGAUGAGGAUAGCCAAAGAUGCUUCCUUCACAUCCUUCUUCCCUGACGACCAGCUUCCUGUGUCCUUUCCGCUGCGCAAAAUUCUGUACGUGGAGAUCUCCAUCGCCCAGCCGUCACUAGACCCAACUCUUUCCCUACGAGUGAGGGACUGCUUCGCCUAUCCUGCGUCCAGACAAUCUGUGUGGACGCUGCUCUAUGACGGGUAA